AUGCAAAGCCCAUAUCCAAUGACACAAGUGUCUAACGUUGAUGAUGGGUCACUAUUGAAGGAGAGUAAAAGCAAGUCCAAAGUAGCUGCGAAGUCAGAGGCGCCAAGACCACAUGCUUGUCCUAUCUGUCAUAGAGCUUUUCACAGACUGGAACAUCAGACGAGACACAUGAGAAUUCAUACAGGUGAGAAGCCUCACGCGUGUGACUUCCCCGGAUGUGUGAAAAGGUUCAGUAGAAGCGAUGAACUGACGAGACACAGAAGAAUUCAUACAAACUCCCACCCUCGAGGUAAAAGAGGCAGAAAGAAGAAGGUUGUGGGCUCUCCAAUAAAUAGUGCUAGUUCUAGUGCUACCAGUAUACCAGAUUUAAAUACGGCAAAUUUUUCACCGCCAUUACCACAGCAACACCUAUCGCCUUUAAUUCCUAUUGCUAUUGCUCCGAAAGAAAAUUCAAGUCGAUCUUCUACAAGAAAAGGUAGAAAAACCAAAUUCGAAAUCGGCGAAAGUGGUGGGAAUGACCCAUAUAUGGUUUCUUCUCCCAAAACGAUGGCUAAGAUUCCCGUCUCGGUGAAGCCUCCACCUUCUUUAGCACUGAAUAAUAUGAACUACCAAACUUCAUCCGCUUCCACUGCUUUGUCUUCGUUGAGCAAUAGCCAUAGUGGCAGUAGACUGAAACUGAACGCGUUAUCGUCCCUACAAAUGAUGACGCCCAUUGCUAGCAGUGCGCCAAGGACUGUUUUCAUAGACGGUCCUGAACAGAAACAACUACAACAACAACAAAAUUCUCUUUCACCACGUUAUUCCAACACUGUUAUAUUACCAAGGCCGCGAUCUUUAACGGAUUUUCAAGGAUUGAACAAUGCAAAUCCAAACAACAAUGGAAGUCUCAGAGCACAAACUCAGAGUUCCGUACAGUUGAAGAGACCAAGUUCAGUUUUAAGUUUGAACGACUUGUUGGUUGGCCAAAGAAAUACCAACGAAUCUGACUCUGAUUUUACUACUGGUGGUGAGGAUGAAGAAGACGGACUAAAGGACCCGUCUAACUCUAGUAUCGAUAACCUUGAGCAAGACUAUUUGCAAGAGCAAUCAAGAAAGAAAUCUAAGACUUCCACGCCCACGACAAUGCUAAGUAGAUCCACUAGUGGUACGAAUUUGCACACUUUGGGGUAUGUAAUGAACCAAAAUCACUUGCAUUUCUCCUCAUCAUCUCCUGAUUUCCAAAAGGAGUUGAACAACAGAUUACUGAACGUUCAACAACAGCAGCAAGAGCAACAUACCCUACUGCAAUCACAAAAUACGUCAAACCAAAGUCAAAAUCAAAAUCAAAAUCAAAUGAUGGCUUCCAGUAGUUCGUUAAGUACAACCCCGUUAUUAUUGUCACCAAGGGUGAAUAUGAUUAAUACUGCUAUAUCCACCCAACAAACCCCCAUUUCUCAGUCGGAUUCACAAGUUCAAGAACUGGAAACAUUACCACCCAUAAGAAGUUUACCGUUGCCCUUCCCACACAUGGACUGA